AUGCAAGGCCCGAAGUUGGGGGGCUUCGAGGUCUCGAAAGGCCUGCGAUACAAACUCAGCGCGUCAAUCCUCGUUGGCCUGGCAUGCCUGACAGGCUGCGCGGCGGUAGCAUCAGGUCCGAUUUCCUGCACAGGAAGUAACAAGUUUGCUGCCGUGUCGCUCGAAAAACAAGGAAGUCAAGUCGAACUGCAGUGCCCGGACAGUUCAACUUUGGUUCCAGAACCGAAUUCGCACCAGUUCUGCCAAAACGCCGCAUGUACCGCAAGGGCAGAUUUGACCAAAAUAGGGGUGUGGCACGAAGUCGACGGGGAAGUACUCACACCGUCCCGACAAAAAACAGACGGCUAUAUCCUCACAUUGAGUGUCAAUCCCAAAGAAUCGAAGACCCUAUAUUUCCAGUGUCGUCAGGGGACGAAGCAGAGAGGCGGAAACAUCGAGUCUGGUCAAGAGGAGAGGACAGAAGUAACUUGCACAUUUCAAGUGGCAGUGCACGGUUCACAGGCAGCCACCACUGCAGCAAAAGAAGGUGAGCCGUCUGUAACAACUCCAUGGCCGUCGCUGGACUUCUUGUGCCUCACUAGACUCAGCAAUCUGCCGCCAGGGAGGCUGUUUGUAGAGUUGAAAGGGUGA